CCCGGUAAAAUAAUGCUCAACUGUAUGAGGACUAUGCCCAUAAAUUACACUGUAGAUUAAAUAAAAUAUAAAUAUAGAUAAAAUAUCAUUUUCACAUUAAUACUGCAUUAAGAAAUAUGUAUUAUAUUGAAGCGGUUGUGUUUGGAGCUCUGAUCACCGCGAGAUUAUGUAGCAGUGAAUUGUCAUUCCCUCCAGGAUUUAAAUUCGGAGUGGCGACUGCAGCAUACCAAAUAGAAGGAGGAUGGAAUAUCAGUGAUAAGAGUCACAGCAUAUGGGACACAUAUACACAUGAACAUGAAAUGGGAAUAGCUGAUCACUCCACGGGAGACGUCGCUUGCGACUCCUACCAUCUUUGGAGACGAGAUAUUGAGUUGUUGACUGAGUUAGGAGUCGACUUCUACAGGUUCUCUAUAUCAUGGACCCGUCUAAUGCCGUCUGGAUACCCAAAUCGAAUCAGCAAAGACGGGACUAAAUACUACAAUAAUUUAAUUGAUGAAUUACUUGCAAGAGGAAUCGAACCUAUAGUCACCCUAUACCAUUGGGACCUACCCCAACAAUUGCAGUAUCUUGGCGGCUGGACGAAUCCAUACAUAACUGACUGGUUCGCGGAAUACGCAAGGGUCGUCUUCUCUUUAUUCGCUGAUAGGGUAAAGAUUUGGGUCACAAUCAACGAACCCGUUAUCAUUUGUGAUGCCUCAUACAGCACUCCGAUAAUGGCGCCGGCUACCUUGAUCCCAGAUAAUAUUGGCACAUAUAUAUGCAAUAAGAACGUACUAAUUGCUCACGCCAAAGCCUACAGGAUAUAUGAUAAGGAAUUUAGGCCGAAAUAUCAUGGAAUGGUAUCAAUUGUCAACAACAUUAUAUGGGUAGAACCAGUAAGCAAAGAGUAUACGGACGUAACAAAUCUAGCAUUACAAAAUUUGGCAGGGCGAUUUACUCACCCCGUGUAUUCGAAAGAAGGCGGUUGGCCCCCGGAAUUUGAGAAGUUAAUCGCUGAAAUAAGCAAAAGUCAAGGAUACCACACAACGAGACUACCCGCUUUCACCAAAGAAGAAGUUGAGUUAGUAAAAGGUUCGUAUGAUUAUUUUGGCUUGAACCAUUACACCAGCAGGCGGAUACGAAAGACUAGACCUGAUGAACACCCGCAACGGAACUUAUUUUUAAGCGAACCGGAUCUUAAUUAUAUUUUUGAGCUUGAUCCUGACUGGACGAUCGGUUGUAACGGUUGGCUUGCGUUAUACCCUGAGGGAUUUCGUCGCUUGUUGACUUGGAUCAAGAAGGAAUAUGGAGAUAUCAAAAUAUUGAUCACAGAGAAUGGAUACCCAACAAAGCAAACAAAUUACUUGAAUGACGAAGACAGAAUACAAUUCUACAAAGAUUAUCUUAAACAGAUGAUGCUAGCUAUCUAUGAAGACGGAGUGAAUGUCAUAGGAUAUACUGCCUGGAGUUUGAUAGACAACUUCGAAUGGAUGGAUGGAUAUAGUAUCAAAUUUGGCCUAUACGAGGUGAACUUCACGGACCCCCAGCACACGCGUACACCCAGAAAAUCAGCCAAAUUCUACGCGGACCUUAUUAAAAACCAAAAACAGAUUGAGGCACAAAAUAAAAGUCGUAAAUUUUACACGUUGUGUUCAUAUUUACUCCUUAUAAUACUGAUUGCACUGGCAACUGUGAUGUUUUCCGUCUGUUGGAAAACAAAAGCUGAUAUUAAUGCGAAAAAACGGAAAGAAAUGGAAGCGAAUUCUGAGCUUCUCAUGGAAGAAGUGUCUAAAUUUUCUUAGCAUCAUUCUUGUUAUUUUAUAAUAAUAAAAAAAUAUUUAUAAAA